AGAAACUUCAUUUCCUCAACCCUAAUCCCCAAUCGUUCAUAUUCCCGUUCUCCGAAUCAAGAAUUCAAGUGUAGCCGCUCAUUCUCAGUUACAAUUCCAAUUAACCCAAGAAAUAUUUUGUAUUUGCUGUGAAGAAAUCAUGAAACGGAAGGCAGAGCAAGAAUUAGAAGAAAGAGGGAAAAAGCAGAGGAUGUGGUGGGGUGAUGGAAAUCAGUGGGAGAGAGGGGAGAUGAUCGGAGAAGGAAGCUAUGGGUCUGUUUUUCUUGCUUUUUGGAAAAAACCCCUUUGGGAGCUUAAUCUGAAUGAUACGCCUCCAGCUCCAGUCAUGGCAGUCAAAUCUGCUAAGCUCGCUGAUUCAGAAUCCAUUCAGCAUGAGGCAGGUGAAGAAAUAUUCAACUUGGCUUUGGAAUUUGCUGCUGGAGGAACCCUCGAUGGUCUGAUUCAGAGCUAUAGAGGUCAUGGGCUGCCUGAGUCUGAUGUGAGAAGCUACACAAGGUGCAUACUUGAAGGGCUUGUACAUAUUCACAAUUGUGAUUAUGUUCACUGUGAUUUGAAGCCGGAGAACAUCCUUCUUGUUCCUAGUGAUACUAGCACCACUGGUAGUUCUAGUUUUGUGGCCAAGAUUGCUGAUUUCGGAUUGACUAAGAGCACCAAAGACGAUAUGGAUGGAUGGAGAGGCACUCCUAGGUAUACAGACCCAGAUGCUUUGAUUGAUAAUGUGCAAAAGCAGUGCUCUGAUAUUUGGUCUCUUGGUGCUAUUGUGCUUGAGAUGUUAACAGGCAAGCCCCCCUGGGAUGUGGAGCCUGAUUCGACUCUUGAUGAUUUCCUCGACAUGGUUGCUGGGGAAAUAACUCCCAAAAUCCCUACUGAAAUCUCUGGUUUGGCAAGGGAUUUUCUUAUGAGGUGUCUUGCAGUCAACUCAUGGGAAAGGUUUACUGCUCAAAAGCUCCUACUUCAUCAAUUUGUACAGGAGCCACAACUAUCUGAACCAAGUCAUGCCAAGGUGAAGGUGCUUAGCUCAUCUUUGGGCUCCAAAGAUGGUGCCUCUUGCUUCAAACCAAUUGAAGAUUACCGCACAAACUCUGCCCCUGUUCCCAGAAUUCCGCCCCCACCGGGGUUUGAGAUACCAGCUGGACUAUAGAAGUUGAGGUUCUAUUUCAUGAUACAAACCUUAUGAUUCUUUAUUCUAGUAUUUUUUUAUUUGUAAAGUCGAUCACUUGAAAUGAUUCAUUUCAAGGUCAUAACCACGAAAUUGUACAAAAUGAUUCAAACAUAUA